GAAAGUAAAUUAUUUAAUAUUGAACAUCUAUUUUUUUCCAAGUCGAAACGUUUCUGUUACAACAGCAGUGUUGGGUUAUUCUGAUGGCCAUUGUGGUGGUUUUUCUGCCUCAUAAAGGGAAACCUUUAAAAAAAAGUCACUGACCAAACAAAAUAAGUGAUCAUACAGUAUACAUUAUAUGGUUGGUUGUUGACCAAAGCAUCUGUCCGCCUAGUUUUUGCAUUGUGUUAGCACUUUUUCAGACGAUUAACCAUGUAAAAUAGCCGGUUAGUGAAAGUGAUCGUUUUAAUUAGAAAAAGAAAAGAAAAGACAAUAAAAAGUGAUGAGAUUAAGAGGACACAAACAAAACACAAAAAUACGUAAUUAUUUAUUAGUCAAUAAAUAUAGUCAUUAAUACCAAGAAAUAGAUACUAAAAAAUAUAGGCAUAAUUUUACCUGGAUAAAUAACCGUUUAUAUAUUUGUCACCUUUUGUCUUUUGUUUUGUUUCUUAAAGAAAUGUUUACACUGUUGGUAUUUCUAACUUAAGUGUUUAUUUGAAUACAAUUUUACAGUUGUAACUUAUACUUCGUUUUGCAUUUUUAGUGGUACACACACAUAAAACAAUAAAAAAAUUAAAAAAAGUAAUUUUUUAUUAUUGUUAUGACAUAUUUAUAAGUGUUUUUGUGCAAAGUAUUUUUUGGGGUCCUCUGGUUGCUAAGGGUUUAGGUAGUGCAGUCUCUUGCCUGCCGAAAAUUGUUUUUCAGACGCUCGUGUAUACCGCGGUUUACGGUAGUUCACCCCAUGAUCUUUUUUGUCAAACGCUAUGCUUUGUUUCUACUAAAAUACAAUUAGUUACAUUGAUGGUUCUGAAUAAAAUAAACAGAUCAAGGAGUUUGGUGACGAAUAUUUACUAUCUGCAACGUUAUUGAAGGCUCAAUAAUGGAGAUCAUGCACGCUGUUGAUUUUCGGACACAGUUAACAUCCAUCAUGGAAACGCUGGCGAAAACAGCUGUAGUUGAAAUAGGCAAACUUUUCGAAGAAAAUUCCUCUUUCCUCAAAUUAGAGAUAACGCGAUGUACCCGUGAAAAUGAAUCUUUGCAACAGAAAUGUCGCUUGUUGGAGAGUGAACUUCAAGCCGCCCGGAAAACCGCUGGAAAGAUGAACCGGACAGAAGCUUCAUUGAGCCACGGGUCGACAGACACUGCACAUCGUCCUGCAAUUGACAAUGUGUUUGGUAAGGACUGGUGCUUGAACUUAUGGAGACACGAGGAGUCAAAUGCUGCUCCAAAUGAGGACACCAAUUUGAGCUCUUCAGGUGUUACAGUAGAGCCUGUAAAUUUGCUGGAAGAAGAACCAGACAUGAUCAUGAUUAAGGAGGAGGCGUUUGAAAAGUGCUCUUCAGAUAAAACAGAGGAAGACCAAAAUAAGAGACUGAGAGGUGCGAUCCAAAAGCAAGUAAAAGAAAUUCUCCCAGAAUUGGAUUUGAAAAAACUUCAAAAUGUGGUCAAUCAUCUUGUUUAUGUGGUGGGUGUGGAGAAGAUAGAUGACCUUACCUUUGUGGAGGUGACAGAUCUUAAGGACUUCCUGGAACCAAUACAAUGUCGAAAACUAGUCAAAACAUUAAAACAAAAAGAUUUUUUCCAAGAAUCCAAUGAACAAGAUGAAACUCCUACUGAAAUCACGCUCACUCCAUUAUCAUCCAUUGAAUCCAUUCCUGAGCAGCCCUUCUUCCCUUAUUGUCCUGCAAAUUCUGAAUGGCUCCAAAGAUUUCAGAUCCCGUGGGACCGCAUGCCUCCGGCUCUCACUCAGGCGACGGCCACUGGGCAAAGGGCUCGACCUGGAGCAAGACGGGAGUUUGUUAGAAUCGUUGUGGCAGCCAUGCAAGCAAUUUGCCCAAACCCAAACCUAGCUGCAUGCAGGGAAGUGGCACGCUGGAUCGUGUCUACCUAUCCCCUGACAUUUGGAGACAUUACUGAGGAAGGGGAACAGCUCGGAAACGGCUACAGUUGCUUACAAAGACAACUGAAGACUAGGGUCGAACAUGUGAACAGAGACAUUAUGGAACACCGGAUUCGUCGACCCAGAAAAGGACUGGCAACAAAGAGAGGCGCGGAUGAGGAAAGUUAUGUGGGGAAGAAAUUCAGAAACUGUAAAGCGGACAGUUACGGUUGCGUUAACUGGCAACCUUCCUCCAUCCCAGAGGGAGAGACUCCAAACUCACUCGAAAUGAAGAGAAAGGUUGCGGCCGAGAUCUUCCAGUCGGCGGGCCCGAGGGCUGUCGAGCUGACCAACGUAGACGACCUGAUGCAGCAGACGUACGUGUACCAACGACACAUGAUCAACUCGUGCCCCCCUCCGUCCAUUAGCGAAAUCGAGCUUAGCUGGCCGUUCCUGUUCACAGAAAGAGGACUCUGCAGGCACUUCAAAACCCUUACUGGGAUUGACAUCAAAAGUCGCUUCGGCGAAACGCUUAAUGCGAAAGCCAAGAGAAUUUUGAACUACUUCAAUAGUCAGAGGCUGAGGUGGAACGAAGAGAUCCAGAGUCUCCUGAGUGAAAUCGAUAGCGACAGCGAUGGGACAGAUAAUAACAAAACUGCCAUAUCUGCCAUUCUGUUAAUGAUGAAGUACUUCAAGGAAAAGGAAACAUCUAUUUUCAUCUCAGCAGAUGCAACUUCUACCAAGAUGUCCAUUGAAAAAGAAAUGACCUUACCAGCAACACCAAGACUCAUCAUGCUUGGUAAUUCCUUACUGACUUCAUCCAAGUGGUUCAUAAGCAUUGAGGGCAGAGUGUCACAUUCAAUAGACAGCCAGCUUGACUUCGCGGCAGCGUUGGCUGUGUUCUUCGGGUGCUUCUAUGUUUUCAAUAUAGAGUACGAAGAGUCGGCCAUCGCCACCCUUGAGCUCAUUCAGAGGUUCUUCGUACGGAUUAAUACAGAGGGCACUAAGUGUACAUCUAAGUCAGGCACGAGUCGAAAAACCGGAUCAGCCGUCCAGAGAAAAUCCCAAAACUUUCAUCCUCGUGUGGCUACAUUUAUGCAGAGACUUUCCGAAUUUGAGUGGAAGACGUCGAAUUAAUGUUCUCUUCAUCCUAGCCAUGUACUGACUACUGCUACUACCACAGUGAACUAUUACUUCUGUGAUUUAUUUUACUUUGGUAACUUGACUUUUUACUUUGUUUUCCUUGUUCUGCUCUACUGGAAUGUUGCUGGAAUGUUUGUAUUACUCUUUUACUAUGAUUUAUUAUAAUAUGUUCAAACAAAUCAUCCUUGCAGCAAUAAAGAAAGUAUAUAAACUGUUAAA